AUGACCCCGCCGCCCGAGUACAAGUUCGUCAACUUUGGUGCCGACGAGGGAGAAUUCCAGCCGGCAAACAAAUCCGUCCGAAGCCAUGCUAUUAGGACGGCCAUCCAGAAGGGUGCCUCUGAGCUGUAUACCAAUACGGCACUGAUAUCUCAGGACACCAUCAAGCGCAAAGCGCAGUUAAAGGGCCGCUUCAGACUGCCUGCGACUUCUGCGAAACCUACCUCCGCAGGGCAAAGCUCCAGGGGCAAGCCAAGACGAACUACAACACCUCAUUCCACUAAUGCGUCGAGGACGACCCCUCGUCAGUCGUUGCAGAAUUCACUUGAAUUUGUGACGCAGGCUUCUUUGCCUCCUUGGGUCCAGCGGCUGGGUAGCGAUAACGCAGAUCCCUUCAACACGCUGCCCAUCCCGAGCAAUUCCUCGGUAGAUUCUCUGGUCAGAUACUUCAUCACAAGGUUCAACCUCAAUUCGACCACGAUUGACCAGCAGAGGCCGUGGUUUCCCUACGCCAUGCAGAGUGCUCUCAUCAUGCGCGUCACGCUCGCUCUGGCGGCCGAGUUCUUGACGGCGACGAUGCCCUCGCUUGAUCCGAAGCUCCAGCGCGAAGGAUACCAACAGAAAGGAGAGGCCAUGCGCAUCAUCAGGACUCGGCUGGAGUCUCGAGAGUCUGCCAAGAGCGCAAGCGACGACCUGUCCGUACUCGCCGGCGUGGCCAUGCUGGGAAGCGUCGAAGCAUUCCAAGGCCAUUUUGCAGCAGCAGAGGUACACCUGACCGGGCUCCAUUCCAUGAUGGAGGCCCGAGGCGGGCCAGACACGAUCAAACACGACUACAUCCUCUGCCGUUGCAUCAACUGGUAG